GAGAGAGAGAGAGACUGGGUGGCACAUUUGAGACGCACAUUAGGAGUGCGUAAAACGACUGUGGAAGGCGUAAGAAAUAAGACUUGUGCUUGUGCUUAGAGUUUAUUUUUCCCAGUGUGGAAGUUGUUUAUUUAAAGACAGAGAAAGAGAGAGAGCGAGAGAGAGAGAGAGAGAGGACAAGCUCUUGUGGAUCUUUUGUUUGUUUUUUCCCCCCCCCUGUAUGGGCCGCACCGGGAAGGGAAGCUGCUCCUUGUCCGGGGGAAGCUGUCUGACUGGCGGCGUGGAAAUGCUCAGCGCGGACGCAGAGUGAACGAGACGCCUCGAAGCAACCAAAUCGAGCAAAGUUGUUCUACUCGUCAACCCUUCAAGAAAAGGAAGAUGGAGGUGAGCAGCUUCCAGCCUCACCCUGGACUUCAGCAAACUCUGAAGCAGUUCCACCUGAGCUCCAUGCGCUCGCUCAGCGGUCCGGCGGCGUUCUCCGCCCGCUGGCCCCACCAGGAGUCCCUGUUCAAGGACGCCAAAGCCGAGAUGGCGCUCGCCCUGCCGGCCCACACUCCCCCGGCCAUGUCCGGGCCGCUCUUCAUCCCGUCCGACCGCUCCACGGAGCGCUGCGAGACGCUUCUGGAGCGCGAGCCCAUCUCUUGCUUCGUGGUGGGCGGCGAGAAGCGCCUGUGCCUGCCGCAGAUUCUCAACAGCGUGCUGCGGGACUUCUCCCUGCAGCAGAUCAACUCGGUGUGCGACGAUUUGCACAUUUACUGCUCGCGUUGCACGGCCGACCAGCUGGAGAUCCUCAAGGUGGUGGGCAUCCUGCCCUUCUCGGCGCCCUCCUGCGGUCUCAUCACGCAGACGGACGCCGAGCGCCUUUGCAACGCGCUCAUCUACGGCGGCUCGUACCCUCCGCCGCGCCGCCGGGGAGCCGGCAAGGAGCUGGAGCGCACCGAGGCCAGCUUCCGCGUGUACCACGAGUGCUUCGGCCGAUGCAAGGGCUUGUUCGUACCGGAGCUCUACUCGGGCCCCGGCGCAGCCUGCGUGCAGUGCCUGGAUUGCAGGCUCAUGUUUCCGCCGCGGAAGUUCGUGGUGCACAGCCACAAGCGGCUGGAGAACCGGACGGUGCACUGGGGCUUCGACUCGGCCAACUGGAGGGCCUACGUGCUCCUGGACCCGGACUACAGCGGCAAAGAGGAGAAGGCGAGCCUGGAGCGGCUGCUCAGGGACUUAAAGGGCAAAUACGACUUGACCGUCAAGUCGUGCAGAUCGCUGAGCCCUAUCACAGCCAAGCGGCCCAAACUGGAAAAAUUGCAAUCUCCAUCAUCUGACAGCGAACGCAAAGCCGAGUGGCUCCAGUCACUGUCCAAGUCCACUCACAAGGACCUGAAACAAGUCCAGCUAAAGCAGAGGCCUUCAGCAUUCCGGCCUUGGUCUCCAAAAGCAUCCGAGAGGGAGAAACCAGCAGUUCAGAGUGAGCAGGAGAGGUCCCAUUUUAAGAGUCAGGAGACUUUGGCACAAGCUCCCGCAGGCCCUCUGGUGCAUCCUGACGACAGCCACGCUCCUGGCAGGGGGACCUCAACCAUCCAACAAGAAGUGCACAAUGGCGACACGCAAGCUGCAGCACCCAACCCUGACGACAUGGACACGGACGGAGAGAUCGACGUGGAUGACUGUGAUGAUCGUACGCUGCUGGCGUCCUCCCUCGCUUCACCACCCUCAGCCUGCAACAGUGCCCCUCAGACGCUGACCCCCGAGACCGCAGGUGCCUCUCCGCCUCAGGAGGCGCCAACCUGGCUGUCAGGGCAUGUCUGCCCUGAGAUGGACGCUCUGAGACAGACGCUCUACACUGGUGUGGACACCAAAGAGGCUCGAGAGAAAUUCCUGCAGGAGGUGGUCAAGAUGCGGCUGAAGCAAGAGGAGAAGCUGGCGGCCGCCAUACAGGCUAAACGCAACCUGCAGCAGGAGUUGGAGUUUGUGAGAGUGGCCAAGAAAGGCCGCCUCCGCGAGGCCGUGGAGGCAAAGAGGAAUCUGCGGAAGGAGAUCGAGCGCCUCCGCGUGGACUGGGAAAGGAAGAUCAGGGAGGCAGAGGAGGCGUGCGGCCGACUCAAGAGGGAACUGGCGCACGAGAGGCAGCAGCGAGGCUGCGACAAAGGAUGCGAGUCCGAGCGACUCCGCGUCAAGUACGCCGCCCAGAUCGACGAGCUGCACUCUCAGCUCCAGCAGGCCGAGGCGGACCGCGAGCAGCUGCGGAGGGAGCUGCAGCAGGAACGGGAGGCGCGGCAGAGCCUGGAGAGCGUGGUUCGAGACCUGCAGUGCCAGCUGGCGGCGCAGGAUACGACGCCACGCAGCACUCCAUCCUAAAGUGGAGCCCAAGAAAAAAGACACAAACAAUUGAAUAAGAGUACUUGUAUGUAUCUAGGAUGAAUGAAAAAGAUGGUGAGUUUUAAGGAAAGGAAAACUGGAUGAGAAAGCAUGAUGUCCAGGACUCCAUCAGUGACUGUUUUUGCUAUAAGCUAAUUGGAGAGAGGCCACAUCACACUUACUUGAAUAUGAAGGGAAUAGUCACACAGUCAACAAUGGUGCCACAAAAGUAUUGGUACACUCCAAGGUGUCACUGCAGACCACUGGACCCAAGAGACACCCGUUUACCACUAUUCGCUUUUAAUAUCAGCUUGCUUUUAUUAUAUUAUAUAUAUAUAUAUAUAUAUAUAUAUAUAUAUAUAUAUUCAACUGUAGAGGAUGUACUUUUAAAGAUAGCCUAUAUUGCUUGUUUAUUUCAUAGGCGAGAAAAGCAGCCAUAUACUGAUGUGUACGCAUUUAAAGCCGAAGUAUUGGAUGCUUUAUAUAUAUAUAUAUAUAUAUAUAUAUAUAUAUAUAUAUAUAUAUAUAUAAUAAUGUAACUCAGCUUAAUAUCUUCUUCUACAUUCUUAUUUUUUAAAAUAUGCUCUCCUGUCAGCAAUUAACGCUCUCCUAAAAGACACACACACAAAAUGAGAAAAAGUGUUUUUUGGUUUUUUUUUUCUUUGGAAUGCGGUACCUCUGUUUUUUGUAUUUAGUACUGUAAUUACAUUUAUAUGGCUCAUUUGAAAGCAUUCGUUUUUAGGGCUCUUAAAUCAACAAAUGGCGUUUAUAUGAACAGCAUUUCUACGUAUAUAAAAUGCAAAACGAGCAUAUAUUUUUUUACUUCAGGAAAAAAAAAAAAUCAAGGAAUUGCACUUUUUGAACAAACCUCACGUUGCACCCACCUGUUACACGAUUCAGACAAAUUCAAAUGAAACACUCGCUCACUCAGUAUGCUCUGAUGUAAAUACAACAAUAUUGUAAAUAAGAUUUUGUUGCUUGCUCCUGAUUUUUUUGUUUUGUUUUGCUCUUACUUGAAACCAAAAAGAGACUAUAUUUGGAUUUUCGAAGCAGCCUAGUAUCACACGAACAGGGCAUUUAACAGACUUUGGAUGAAACCCAUCAAAACAAGUUACCUUUGAUUGUUUAUUUGAGAUAAAUAGAGUAUUAUAAAAGAUAUAUAUCGACGCUACUGACCAAAAAUCUGAAACACAAUUAAAAUGUCUGUACUUGCCACUCGGAUUUAGAGUAGAAACCAGGCUUUGGUGUUCUCGCCUAGUUUAGACAAGAAACACAUGUAUGUUUUAUCAACUUCCUCAUCAUGUUACCCUGGCUCAGUAUUUGUUGGGUACAGUGUUAUAUAGCACUCGCAGUUUUCUUACUGUAGCUCAUGCUCUUGUAGUUUUGGUUUGGAUAUAGGCUUUAUUCUUCUUAUUUUUCCCCCUUCAGAAAAUGUGUAUAAUACCAAUAAAAAAUCUAAGUCAAUCAUAAA